GCAUAUUUUAAUUCAAAAACCUUGUUUACUCUUUUGAGUAUUCUCUUAAAAUAGUGUGAUGCUAUUUUAGCCAAAUUCCUAAUUCUAUAUCUUAAGAGUGGUUCUCUUAAGUGUGAGUUUUAGGUUCUAGAUAUUUAAUUAAGUGUGUCAUAUCUUGAUUGAAUUCUAGAUUCAAACCCCAAGUUAAGAUAAGAGUGUGUUAUAUCUCUUAACACCAACUUGGUUUAUCCCUUCACUUUACCUCUGCCAAUUUCAUUUCUCACCAUUGAGGUGGUGUAACAUAGCCACAUAGGUGCUCCAAUUGAGUUGGUGUAACGAUCUUACACCAAUUGAGUUGGUGUAAGAUUACCCCUUAUUGAGUUGGCCACCUUUUUUCUAUUGUCAUGUCAUGUUUUUUUUCUGGAACUCAAGUAUAGCUUGGAUCUCGUUUCUUACUCCGUAUCUAAUUGUAUAGAUGAUUUAAGUUAUACACAAAGCUUUGUUCCCCAUAUCAACUCAAUUUUUUCUCUGGCAUUUUGCUUCAUAUAUUAUCAAUUCUAGCUUUUGAUUCUUUACUCAACCAUGGAUUUAGUGUUUAGAAUGUCAGUACCUCCGCCUUUCCACUAUAUUAUAUGGAAUUAUGUAUGAAUGUCAUCAAUCUUUACUUUGGUUAAGACUAAAAAGCAAAUGUAGAAUCUUCUUAUAGGAUAGAGGAAAAGCGUAUUACAAUAAUGGCAUCAUGCAGACAGAUGAUAUUGUCCAUAUUAGAGAAAAAAAGAAGUAAUACCACUUCCUCUAGCCUCUAGCAUUCAUAUAGGUGCAUAGUAAUUUAAUCCAUUGGACAGUAUCUUCCUUUGAGGUGAGAGUGCUCUUGUGCAGCAUGUGUGAUUCCUGACUCUCCAAAUGGAGUAGACAUAAGUGGCAAAUUCACAAUCAUGUCAUCCACCGAAUCUCCCUCAAAUUUAUAUUCAAUCCAAUCAUGGAUCUUCAAGUAGAUUUUCUUGGUAUAAGAACAUCUACAAACAAGAUGCUGGUAAUCUUCAUCCUUAAAUUUACAGAGUAUACAAAGGUUAUCAAUGGUGAGGAAUUUACUAAGCCUUUUUUUUAGUUUGCAGUUUAUCCUUGCAUAUAAGCCAUGAUAUCAGCAAAACACGCGCUUGAUUUGGGUUUUUAUUAUCUUUGGAAGAAUAAAUUCAACCCAAUAUGGAUCAUAACAACUAGACAUAAAAGCCUUGAUUUUCUUGAAUUCAUUUAAAGUGAGAAAUGGUAGCAUGGAGCCAUCCAGGGGUACAUCAUACACAAUACGUAGACCCAAUUUAAACAACAAUAUAUUUUUCCUGCCAAAGUGCAAUGAGUGUGUUAUAUAAGGAACUCUCGGAAAAUUUGAAAUCAUGUUUGCGGAUUUCAGUUGCCCUAGAUUGGUGCUAUUCUUUGUUAGAGAGUUCCCCUUGGAGAAACAUAGUAUAAUACUUAUGCAUCACUUUUUUCCCGUCAAGCUAUUUUUGUGUACUGAGUAAUUUCUUUUCCGUGGAAUGCGUCUCUUGUAGGUUCUUCGUGGUGAUAACAGUGCACUUGCGAAUGAUAUACACAAAGAGAUGAAGGUGUAAUUUUCAUUGUUCGCGAUUCCGUAUUAACAACCUUGACUGGCGCAUUGACCCACAAGUUGGAAAAUACUUCAUUUGAUGUCCUCAACUUGUUUGGGACACUUGUUUUACCAGAUAAGUAGCAAGUAUAAGACAUUCCCAAAUAGGUAGUAGGGGCUCCCGGCAAAUUGUAAGUUUUUCAGAGUGUGCGUUGUUGAGUAAGGUUCUGCUGUUGAAAGUGUUAAGAAGCAAGGAAGACAAGUAAAAGAUAUGUAGAUUUCAACUAUUGAUGGUUUCCAAGGUUUAGAGAAAGAAGCCAUCAUCAUUUCAAUGGUGCGGUCAAACUCACAGCAAGAGGUUGGAUUUCUGAGUGAUUGCAGGAGAAUGAAUGUUGCUGUGACACGAGCAAGAAGAUGGUGCUGUCUUGUCUGCGACACUCAGGCUGCCAGCAGUGAUGUGUCCUCGAAGCAUUUGGUUGAGUACUUUGAGGAGCUUGGAAAAUAUUUAAGUGCCUCAGAAUAUGUGCAUGAAUGAAACACUUAAUAAUUUUACCAUGCUUUGAACUCGAGUAGCUUCAUGUAUAUGUAAUUCAUUAUUUUAUGAUGCUGAUCUAUUUAUCAAUGCCAUCAUUUUGAUGCAAAAUUUGAACUGAUGAUUAUCAAUGCAUUUCAUUUAAGAGUAAAUAAUAUUGUUUGUUCAAUGCUGGAAAAAUAGGCAUAACUUCACUUGAACUCGUAAAAGCCUUUGUGCGUGAGAGCGUCUAUUUCUUUAUCGAAUUAUAGAAUCGAAACCCAGUUGAAAGUCAGAAUUCUUGGCAGUUAUGCAGAUCUAGACGUACUUGACCUGUAUAGACUGUUGACGAAGGAUCACCGGAUUCACCGCCAAUCAGUUUCGUCCACUGUAAUGAUAUUCCUGAAGUUGAAAUGCCAAAAGAAAUGGGUUUGUCCUUU